AUGGCAGCCGCCGAACAACCUCAGGUCGAGAAUCGACCCCCGCCAUCACGAAUGAGAGUCGCCCUGGUGGUGCUCUUCCAUUCAUCAUGUGCUAUCUGGAGCACUAUCCUAUCCAAGUCAGCCCUUAAUGGCGUUGAGGCUCCCGUCACAUUGCUCGCCCUACAGACUACGAUACAGGUCGCACUACUCACAGUCAUUGGAGUGGCCACAGGAUGGAUCAAGCUGUCCCGACCUCUUAAUGCUUGGAUUUCUCUCCUACCCCUCACGGUCGCACGUCUUAUUGGUAUCUUGGCAAAGACGUACUGCCUCGCCUCGGUCAAUGCCUCCGUCUACCAAAUCGCCCGUGGUCUUCUAUUGCCAUUCACCCUCUUCCUAUCGCUCUUGGUUCUGCGACCUCGUCCUUACUACCCUCCUAUCUCACUUGUCGGCUGCGCCAUGGUCAUGGCUGGUUUCGGAACUGGUAUGAUGGCCGAUUACAGCCAGAUGCUUACCUCAGGCAAGGGUGUCCUGCUCGGUGUGGGAUCUAGUUUCACCACUGCCGUCGAGUCCGUUGUCGUCAAACGCUUCCUUGGCAAGAGCCAGGAGGGUAUGUGGCAGAUGGUCUGGAUGUCCAACUGCAUGGCCCUCCUCUUCUACAUCCCUCUAUUCCCUCUCUCAGGUGAGAUGAGCACUAUGAACAGCCUCUUUACCGUCGAGUCUAUGGACGUCGGCCGCCAGUUCCUCAGCUCCGCCUGCUUGACCGGUGUCUCGGCCUUCCUCCUUACCAUCGCCACCUUUAUGCAGAUCGAGGUCACCAGCCCGACCACACACAUGAUUGUCACCGCCGCCCGAGGUGUUGCCCAGAGCUCCCUCGCUGUCGUUCUCCUCGGCGAGGUUCUGACUGCCGACCGCGCCGGCAGCAUGGCUCUUAUCCUCAUGGGAAGCGCUCUCUACGGCUGGGCCCGAGACCGAUAUCAGCAGGCCAAGAAGGCCUCCAGCUACCAGCUACUUCCCCGCGAAGAGGAGGGACGCGCUGAGAUGGUGGACAGCAAGGAAGCUAAGGACCUCAAGUCAUGA